GACGUGAAAUUUUGAAAGUUUUGAAUUUCCCGCGCUCCGCGGUGCAUCCCAGAUGACGCUCCUCGGCGUUUAUUUACUGAAUUCUAAUUACUGACGAACUUUCGCAGUAAAUUAUUACUCUCGAGGCAAAAUAUCCGUGAAUUCGUGGAGAUGGGGAAACGAAGGAGUUUGCACUCUUCACAGCAUAAAGUGAAGGUUGAGGUUAAAGAUGAAAUCCCUGACAGUGAGGUACAUGUGGCUAGAGAUCGUUUGAAAGGCGCGUUGAAGGAACUCCUCCGUCACAGCGAUUCUGGAUCCUCUGGGGAAUCCUCCGAUGAAAGUCCACCCCCCGACUACAAACACCUGGCAAAACGAAUGCAGAAGCCGAGCUAUCCCCAGCCCAAGCCAAAAAUCCGUCGUCGUCGGCAGCUGCCGACCGAUCAGCUGUUCCACCACACGUACGUCAUGAAACUCUUCGACAGGAGUGUAGAUCUAGCCCAAUUCCGAGAGGACACUCCACUGUACCCGAUCUGUCGUGCAUGGAUGGCAAAUCAGCCAAGAAAUCCCAAUCUCGUUCCAAAAGUUCGCAGUCCCAGUCCUGAAAUAGUGAACGAAGUCCACUCAGAUAAUCUCCUGCACGACGAAAACGGGGAACUUCGUGAUGUCUACAACCUGCCAACGCCUCUACAGCGUCAGGAGGUCUUCCCCAGGAACCGAAUUCCCUCUCCUGUAAUUCCCCUGACGAAGGAUGAACUCGAUCUCAACUACGAUGGACAAGUCUUGAGGUCUCGUGAGGCCCUCAUGAAGGAGCACCGGAUGCACUGGGGUCAGGUGAGAAGGAAGUGGCACCACCAGACCCACAAAAACGAGCAGAGAUUCGCAAAAAGUGCCUACAUCCUCAGCACAAUAUUCAAAAGGGCCCAGUCAGAAUUCGAGUGACGCAGAACUGAUUUUAAAAUCACAAAUAAUAAUUAACGACUGACAAUUCACCGGAGAUUCGCGAAUUGAAUUCACAUUUUUUUUUCUUUUGACAAUUCCACUGGCAUUUUGAAUCCCGACGUAGGAAAUAAAUUCCUUGGUGUUUCCUCCAA